CAGAGAUGAGAAACUCUGCCAACUUCACCAAUUGCUCCUAAUGUGAGGUUUUUGUUACACUACCAAUACCCCCUGAGGUAACGUGUGACAUGGUUAAAUAGCUUGCACUGAUCAUUAAAUUGUCGGUGGUUGCACAAAAAUUGUAGCCAGGCUGCCUCUAUAAAUACCUCUACUGUUCAUCCAAUUCUUUCAUGAGCUAGUAAAAUGGCAAGUACUAGUAUGAUCUUAUUCAUAUCCCUCCUGCUAGCUGGAAUAAUCUCCCCCUCAGCCUCGCAGAAUUGCCGGUGCUCGCCGGGCUUAUGCUGCAGCAAGUAUGGGUAUUGUGGCGCCGGCAAUGACUUCUGCGGUCCGGGUUGCCAAGAGGGGCCGUGCCAAGCCCCGGCACCGGCACCGGCACCGGCGAACGGUGUCUCGGUUGCGGAUAUUGUCGCGCAGCAAUUCUUCAAUGGAAUCAUCAAUCAGGCUGGUGGUGGAUGCCCUGGCAAGGGCUUCUAUACGAGGGCUGCAUUUCUUGAUGCACUCGGGUCCUACCCUAACUUCGGCCGGGUCGGGACGACCAAUGACUCCAAGCGUGAGAUCGCCGCCUACUUUGCUCAUGUCACACAUGAAACUGGACACCUCUGCUUCAUCGAAGAGAAGAACGACACAUCCCAGGACGACUACUGUGAUAAAAGAUUCAUCCAACAAUAUCCAUGUGCCCCAGGGAAGAAAUACUAUGGCCGUGGCCCUCUUCAAUUGAGCUGGAACUAUAACUACGGUCCUGCCGGAACAAGCAUUGGAUUUGAUGGCUUGAACAAGCCUGAGAUAGUGGCUACUGACGUGAACACAUCCUUCAGGGCCUCUUUGUGGUUUUGGAUGGAGAAUGUGCACUCAGUCAUAACUUCUGGCAAGGGAUUUGGAGCCACAAUCCGAAAAAUCAAUGGUGCUUACGAGUGUGAUGGCAAGGGGGUGGAUUCGAUGAAUGCUCGUGUUGGAUACUAUAAAGAUUAUUGCAAGCAGUUUGGUGUGGCACCAGGGGAUAAGCUCACUUGCUAGGUCAUAUGGGGGAGCCACUUGGAAUAAUACCUAUAUCAUGUAUGCGAGUCUGAAAGAAAUAAAGAUAUCACAUAACGGGGAAUAAAUAUUAACAACGUAACAUGACAUGUUUGCUAUUUAAAACUACAGAAC